AUUUUCAAACAUUUGUUUUUGUAAAACUCACACUUAAAACCACUCAAGGUCUUGUUUAAUAUAAGUUGGGAAUAUGUGAUAAGAUCAUUACAUAACUUCAUAUAUACACUUUAGAUUAUGAACUUGAAAAAUAUUUAGUUAAAACUAUGAGUGGUUUAUCUUUUAUAAAGUCCACUAAGGGUAAAGUUAUUCUUGGAACCGUUUUUUCGUUACAUUUGGCAAUAUAUUUUGCGAAACCUUCAUUCUUCAAAGCGGAAACAAAGAUUACGCCGCCGCGAGAAGUACCGCCUAAAUAUUUACCAUAAGUGUAACUUUCAAGGAUAUUUCAUUAUAUAAAAAUCAAAGGUUAUCAAUUCAUGUUUUAUAAAAGACUCACGGUUUUUCCUCAUACUUUAGUAUGCAACAAUAUUGUGGUCAAUAUUUUAAGGAAAAUGAGUAAUUCAGAAAAAUUUAAAGUUUUUAUAUCCCGCUCUGAUAUGCCUGAAAGUGGUGUGGAUAUUUUAAAGAAACAAUGUGAUCUAAAAGUAUGGGAUGGUCCUAUGCCUAUUCCUAAAGCAGAUUUCCUUAAGUCUGUCCAGGGAGUGAAUGGAAUAUAUUGUUGUAUAACUGACAAGAUUGAUAAAGAAUUGCUUGAUGCUGCUGGGCCAGAGUUAAAAGUUGUAGCAACCAUCUCCGUUGGCUAUGACCACAUUGAUGUCAAAGAAUGCAAAAAGAGAGGGAUUAAAAUUGGAUACACUCCUGGUGUCUUGACAGAUGCCACUGCUGAGCUAACAUUAGCACUUCUAUUAUGUACCUCAAGGCGACUUCCUGAGGCUACACAUGAGGCCCGAACUGGAGGCUGGGUUUCCUGGGCUCCAACAUGGAUGACAGGUCCUGGUUUAGCUGAUGCCACUGUGGGAAUUGUUGGCUUUGGUAGAAUUGGUCAGGCAGUUGCAAAACGUGUUAAAUCUUUUAACACAUCCCAACUCCUCUACUUCAACCGAAGUGAAAGACCAGAAGCCAAAGAAAUUGGUGCUUCCAAAGUAAGCUUUGAUGAAUUACUUUCUAAAAGCGACUUUGUUAUAUGCUGUGCAGCAUUAGCACCGGAAACCAAGGAGAUGUUUAAUAGAAAUGCAUUUAAAAAGAUGAAAAACUCUGCUGUGUUUAUUAAUACAAGUCGUGGAGGAAUUGUUGAUCAAAAUGCACUAAUAGAAGCAUUGCAGAAUGGUACUAUUCGAGCUGCUGGUUUAGAUGUUACUACACCAGAGCCUUUGCCUUUAGAUAGUCCAUUGUUCAAAUUAAAGAACUGUGUUAUACUACCUCAUAUAGGCAGUGCGGCAAUACAAACUAGAUCAAACAUGAGUGAGAUGACAGCCAACAAUAUUUUAGCUGGCCUGAAUGGUACCAAAUUGCCUGCAGAAUUGGACUAAUUUAUAAAUUUAAUAAAAACUAUUUAUGGC